AGAAAACUAUGGGCCAUAAUUGACCAAACAUAGAUAAUUAAGGAGGUAUCUUCUGAAAUAUGAGAAAAGUUAUUAUCAUACCUUGUUGGCUUGUCAAUCCAAAACAUUGUUUUGUCUGGUAUACUUAAUUAGUCAAGACUUUUGAUUGUACAAAAUUAAAAGUCAUCGAUUCCCUUGUCUUGUUGUCUCUUUGCUUGUUAAUUAUUUGUCUAGUUUUUUUUUUUUUAUGAUGAUCACUCCAAGAAACUUCAAAGAACCUCUCGGAUCCGAGAGUUCUAUAUAUCAACCAGCUCUUUUCUGAUGUCCCUAAAUCUAAGCUCUUUUUCAGGUUGUGAUGGAUCAAAUUCGGGGUUUGCGGUUUCUAGGCCGAGCAGAAACAUGUUCUCGAGUUGUUCUUCUCAUGGUUCUGGUUGUUGCCUUCGUUUUAGGCCUUCAGUAUUUCGAGCUGGCACCAUUAUCUAUUUUUUCACCUGGAAAUGUAAACGUUUCUAAGUUCAGAGAUUCCAAUUAUAACACCACCAAAAGUGCUGAAAAUGAAACGUUUCUUGCAUCUCAAGAAGAAGCAUCGUCUGGAUUCAAGCCGUAUAAUAGCACAACGAAAGUCUCGAAGAGUUUUGAGCACAAGUUUCUGAAUGAUGCUCCCAAAACAGAAGCUUCUCGGCAAAGUAAAGGCAAUGAAACCACCACUAGUUCUCUGCAUUCUCUUCAACCCAAAAUCCCUAGAAUCCGCAAGAAACAUGAACAGAGGAACACCAAAAAGCCACCUUUAGUUGUCAUAUCAAUAACUCAGAUGAACAAUAUGAUGUGGAAGCGGCAUAAUGAUCCAAAAAAUUCACUUGCACCUCUUUGGGGAUCAAAAGUGGACGAAGAGCUUAAAACUGCAAGAGACAAGAUCAAGAACGCCGCUUUGGUCAAGAAGGAUGAUACUCUUUAUGCGCCUCUCUACCAUAACCUAUCUACUUUCAAAAGGAGCUAUGAGCUAAUGGAACAGACUCUUAAAGUGUACGUCUACGCGGAAGGGGACAGACCAAUCUUCCAUCAGCCAGAAGCAAUGAUGGAAGGGAUUUACGCAUCAGAAGGAUGGUUUAUGAAACUAAUGGAGAGUAGCCAUAGAUUCUUGACAAAAGAUCCCACCAAAGCUCAUCUAUUCUACUUGCCUUUCAGUUCCAGAAUACUUCAACAGAAACUUUACGUUCAUGAUUCUCAUAGUCGUAGAAAUCUUGUCAAAUAUCUCAGGAACUACAUCGAUCUUAUCUCUUCCAACUACACUUUUUGGAAUAGAACUCACGGCUCUGAUCAUUUCUUCACCGCUUGCCAUGAUUGGGCUCCAGCUGAGACUAGAGGGCCAUACAUGAACUGCAUUAGAUCACUCUGUAACGCUGAUGUCGGAGUAGACUUCGUAGUCGGAAAAGACGUCUCUUUGCCGGAAACAAAAGUCUCUUCGUCACAAAACCCUAACGGAAAAAUUGGAGGUAACCGUCCUUCCAAGCGAACCAUCCUCGCCUUCUUCGCCGGAAACCUACACGGUUACGUCAGACCCAUCUUGCUUAACCAUUGGUCUUCGAGACCCGAGCCAGAUAUGAAGAUCUUUAACCGUGUCGAUCACAAAUCGUACAUCCGGUACAUGAAACGAAGCAGAUACUGCGUUUGCGCUAAAGGUUACGAGGUGAAUAGCCCUAGAGUGGUGGAGUCGAUUCUUUACGGCUGCGUUCCGGUGAUUAUCUCUGAUAACUUUGUGCCACCGUUUCUUGAGAUUCUUAACUGGGAAUCUUUCGCCGUGUUCGUGCCGGAGAAGGAGAUUCCUAAUCUGAGGAAGAUUCUGGUAUCGAUCCCGGUGAGAAGAUACGUGGAGAUGCAGAAGAGAGUGUCGAAGGUUCAAAAACAUUUCAUGUGGCAUGAUGGUGAACCGGUUCGGUACGAUUUAUUUCAUACGAUUCUUCAUUCGGUUUGGUAUAACCGGGUUUUUCAGACGUUUUAG